CACUCCACUCCAUGUACUGAAGGCUUCUGAUCCAAAGUGACUAUAAAGUGUUAUACUAUAACUUAUAGUCACUUUGUUCUGAUCUAACCAAGGUUAGCUUGAGGCUUUGUGAUAGAGUUAGUCUUUACAACAAGUACUUCUAGUUUUGCCUCAUUGGUGAAGAUCUAACUUUGGAUUACUUCUGCUGUACACAAGUAAAGUUGCCAUGUCGGCCAGCGUUUUGGAUUACAGUGAUAUUUAUCAAGAAAUUCGAGGCGCGUUGCAUGAAGGUAGACUCCGGCUUAACAAUAAUAAUGUCGUUUUCAAAAAUAUAAAAACUGGAAAAGUUGAAACAAUUCCAUUAUCCGACAUAGAGAGUGUUGUGUGGAGAAGAGUUGCUCGGGGAUAUGAGUUGAAACUUGAGUUGACAGACGGACGUUCUUGCAAAUACGAUGGAUUCAAAGAGGCGGAGUUUGAAAAGAUCAAUAAGCAUGUGAAAAAUAAUUACAAUGUUACAAUUGAACAACAGGACAUGUCUGCGAAAGGAUGGAACUGGGGUGAUACAACAUUCAAUGGUUAUGAACUACAGUUUGAUGUUGACUCAAAAAGAGCUUUUGAAAUUCCAUUGCAAAAUGUAUCACAAUGUACACCAGGAAAAAACGAAGUUUCAUUAGAAUUUCAUCAGAAUGAUGAUGCAGAAUUAUCCCUUAUGGAAAUGAGGUUUUUUGUUCCGCCAUCACAAAACGAUGAAACUGAUACUGUGCAGGUUUUCAGUGAUAAUGUUAUAUCGAAAGCUGAUGUACUGCAAGCGAAAGGAAAUGCCAUUUGUACAUUUCAAGAUUUACAAUGUCUCACACCAAGAGGUAGAUAUGACAUUAGAAUGUAUCCAAAGUUUGUUCAACUUCACGGAAAGACGUUCGAUUACAAAAUCACAUAUACUUCCAUACUACGACUCUUUUUACUUCCACACAGAGAUCAGAGACAAAUUUUCUUUGUGGUCAGUCUUGAUCCUCCUGUCAGACAAGGACAAACCAGAUAUCAUUUCCUUGUUCUUUUAUUUUAUAAAGAAGAUGAAAUGUCUGUAGAAAUGACUCUGUCUGAGAGAGAAAUUGAAGAAAAGUUUGGAGAUCGAUUGCAAAAAGAUAUGUCGGGGCCAAUAUAUGAAGUUGUAAGUCGUGUAAUGAAAAAUUUAGUGCAACGAAAAAUAACUGUUCCUGGUUCAUUCAAGGGUCCAAACAGCGACCAAUCCAUCAUGUGUACUUACAAAGCAUCGUCAGGCUUUCUAUUUCCAUUGGAGAGAGGUUUCAUGUAUGUUCAUAAACCUCCGAUUCAUGUAAGAUUCGAUGAAAUUGCUUUCGUGAAUUUUGCUCGUGGAUCAGCUACCAGCAGCAGAUCAUUUGAUUUUGAAAUUGAAACAAGAAGUCAGACUGCUUAUGUUUUCAGCAAUAUUGAAAAAAAUUGUUACCCUGCUCUUUUCGAUUUUGUAAGUCAGAAAAAAUUGAAGAUCAAAAACAUUGGAAAGGGAGUGGAUGGAGGUGGAAAUAUCGAUAUUAUGGCAAACAGUGAUUCAGAAGAUGAACAGCAUGAUGCUUAUCUUGAGAGAAUGAAGCAAGAAGCAGCAGAUCGAGAUGAAGAUGAUGGAGGAGGAGACAGUGAUGAAGGUUCAGAAGAAGAUGAAGACUUCAAUCCUGGUGCAGAACCAGAUGAGGUGGCAGAUGAAUAUGAUUCAGAUGUUCGGAAUACAAGUUCAGAUGAAAAUGAUGAAAAAGGUUCGGACAAUGAUGAAGAAGAGAAAAAACCUAAGAAGAAAAAGAAAGAGAAAUCUGCCACAAAACGAAGCAGCAGUAAAAAAGAGGGUAAGAAGAAAAAGGAUCCAAAUGCACCAAAGCGUCCGUCUUCAGCUUACAUGCAGUGGUUAUCAGAUAACAGAAGUAAAAUAAAGAAGGAAAAUCCAGAAUUGAGCAUGACUGAAAUUGCAAAACAUGCAGGAAAAUUAUGGAAAGAUGUUUCCGAUGCUGAGAAAAAGUCCUACAAUGAGAAGUAUGAGAAAGAUAAGAUAAGAUAUAAAGAAGAAAUGAAAAAAUACGAAGCUGCUGGAGGAUCCAGACAUAUUUCACCUAUAAAGAAACAGAAGAAAUCUUCACCAAAAGGUUCGUCAAAAACUUUGAAAUCUCCUAAAAAGUCACAACCUGGUGGAUUUAAAAGCAAAGAAUUCAUACAAGACAGUGGGUCAUCGUCAUCUGAUUCUGAUAAUGACAAACCAAAAGCCAAGAUUGCAAAGAAGGAAAGCAGUCCUGAACCUCAGGCGUCAGGUUCUGAAGAAGAGUCUGCGCAAGAAUCAGAGGCAGAAAGUACACCUGCUUCGUCAGAGCAGGAUAGUGAUUAGAUGGAAACAUGGCGAAUAUUGAACGGAUUCAUCUCAGCAAAGAAGGAAUUUUGCUUUCCUGAUUAGAUAAUGAAUAUCCUGGUACAACUGGUUUCUACAUUCUUGUGUACAUGGUCGUUAUUCAAUUGCAGUCCCUUCAUGUUGCCUCUCUAUUUUGAUAAUGUCAAUCAAAGGCCUAUUGAUCUGAAUCAAGAAAUCCUGGUGUAAUCCUUAUGCUUAUACAUCAUUUGUGCUGCUACAUUAUGACAACGCUCUCAUUAAUGUUCCGGUCUAAAAUAAUUUUAACAGUUCAAAUAAAUUCUGUCCAAUAACAGGGUAUGGUAGAUGUUGUAAUACUAGUUUUUGAAGUCUUUGUGAACACUGCCUCUGAUGCUUUUCAUUCGUUGUUGUAAUAAACUUCAUGUCAAAUGUGUGA